AUGGUCAAGGACCACUUAGAAGUCCCAAUUCGAGGUGUAAAAGGAAGGAAAGGCAGAAGAAAGCUUUCUUCUGGUGGUGCUGGUAUUAGUAAGUCAGCCAACGUCUUUUAUACCGCAGUUGAAGCACCAAAAGGGGAAUUUGGUGUCUUUCUGGUCAGUAAUGGAAGCAAUCGUGCUUACCGUCGUAAAAUAAGAGCCCUGGCUCUGUCCAUUCACAAGAACUCGAUUCUAUGUCCAAACAUCACAUUCCAUCGGAUUUGGUAG